AUGGAAUACUCUACUAAUAAGCAAAUAAUUUUCGGUCCUGAUUGGGACCUCAAUCUCUGGACCGCCUCUGACGACCGCGUCCGUGGUGGGUCGUCUGUGUCAAAUCUCGAGCGUACGGUGGAAGGGGUGCUUUUUCACGGCAAUCUCGACAUUGAAACACUUGGUGACGCCGGUUUUGCCUCACAACGCACGGUCGGAAACGAACAAGUAUGGGACCUCACCGGACACGACGGUGUUGAGCUACACAUUGUUCCGUUAGACGGAAAUCGAUACACUUUCUCCCUUACAGACGAAAUCCCACAACGGAGGCCAGAUGGUCGUGAACAAAGUGUUCUUGUCUGGGAAUAUGAUUUUUGUGCCAGUGAGACAGGGCGGGAAGUGCGUCUGUCAUGGAAGGAUCUGAAACCGACGUAUCGGGGGAAGCCUGUAGAAGAUGCCAGGCCAUUGGACUUGUCGCACAUAAGGAGGUUUCGGGUCAUGAUUCGGAGUUUCUUUGGGGCUCAACAAGGCGACUUUAGGCUAAACAUUCUAUCCAUCGGAGUGUUCCGCGAGAGCUACCUUGAUAAUCCUAGUGUCACGAAGGAGUCCAUUGGCUGUGGUGACGAGGAAACAGAACCGAAGAAAACUCGAGAGAAGCAAAGCUGGGUUCCAAAUUGUUGCCCAUCCUGA